CUUUCAAAAAAAAAAAAAAAAAAAAACACUAUCUUAGCAGCACAGAAAAUUUAAUUAUCAGAUUUCUUGAAAUGCUUUAAGAAGCAUCAAGUGUCUGAAAAUAAUCUGGAAUACCAAUAUAACAGUGUCAGUGAUUCUGCGCUAGACACUUUCAUUACAUGGAGGACAAACACUUCUCAAAUAUCGAUGUCUUGAGGGAAACCUGGAACUACUGACAGAUUUCUUCGGAAUAAUCUUUUCUCGCUUUGCUUGAAAUGUCAGAGUCAGAGCAACAGGUGAAUAACGAUAGAUAAAUACAGACAUGCCAGAGUUUGAUAGAGAACCUCUUAUAUGAUGAACUUAGAUGGAAUGAAAACUUACUCAGUCGUAUUCAUUUCGGAUAUUUGAUGUGAUACAACGUACGAAAUAUCUGCGGAAUCGUACAAUAUUGAGAUUUCUUGUUUCUAGUGUAACGGGCAUACACUCAUUUGUGUAAUAAUGACAUCACGAUUUAAAAUGGCACUUAUCCAGAUGUCGGUUGAGAGGUACAGAGAGAGAAAUCUGAUAAAAGCGGCGAAACUCAUAAAAGAGGCUGCGAAGAAUGGUGCUCGAGUUGUUGCCCUUCCAGAAUAUUUUACAUGCUGGAUGGAUCCCGACUAUUUCAUUGAGUACAAGGAACCACCGGAUGGACCUUCAGCACAAAUGUUGGCCAGAACAGCCAAGGAAAAUAACGUAUAUUUGUACGGUGGAACGUUUCCCGAAGAAAUUCCCGGUUCAAACAAACUGUACAACACAUGUCAGAUAUAUAAUCCUCGUGGGGAGCUCAUGGCGCAAUUUAGAAAGAUGCAUCUGUUUGACGUAGACCUGGGUCCGAGAAUGAAGAUUACAGAGUCCGAGUUGAAUGUAGGCGGAAGUUCGUUGACCACUGUUGACACAGAAUAUGGUAAAACUGGUUUUGGAGUUUGCAUAGAUCUUAGAUAUCCCGAAGUAGCGCGCUUAUAUGCCAAAAAAGAAAAUGGGUUUAGCUUGAAGACAGGUCCAUAUCACUGGGAGAUAUUACAAAGGGUUCGAGCUGUGGAUAAUCAAGUGUUUGUGGCCAAUGUUGGACCGGCAACGAAUACCAACGCUCCUUACGUCACAUAUGGACACAGUGCCGUCGCUGAUCCUUGGGGUAACAUAAUUGCCAAAACAGGUGCAGACGAGGACAUUGUAUAUGCUGACAUUGAUUUAGAUCUCAUCAAAGAAAUUCGCCGAAGAAUGCCACUGGAUAAUAUACGAAGAAACGAUCUGUACGAUGUUGUUAACUUAAUGGAGAAGAAAAGUUGAAUAUUAAGACCUAGUUUCUAGAUUUUUAAAUAUACAUUGUUGUCUAACAAUUAUCAAAUUAAGACACUCAGUUAUUGUGGUUUCGAAGUGUCAGAUAAGUACGAAUGUGGACUUUUUGCACAGUCUGUCGGCAGCUGUUGCACCUGUGGCUGUUUGAUGACAAGGUGGUCGUGUUAUGUAAUCUAUACAGCUAGUAGAGGUGGAUGUGAUUUUCCAUGACAACAUACAUAUAUAAACAUGUAUAAUGGCCAAUAGUUUAGUGAAAGCUUUCUUAUCUUAAAAUAUAACAAUUUAAUAUAUUAUCGUUGGAAAAGUUCAAAAACAAAGUUCAAAAACCGCCAAAAUGUAUUUAUAAACUUUUACUUGGAAUAUUGUGUGCUACUGAUUUGUUAUUUUUGCCGUUCCGAGUCAAUGUUUCAUGUAUUUAUGUAGAUAUAUCAAAAUCUGUGUUCAUUAUC